AUAAAUUCUGUAACAAUUGGUGCCGCGAUUACAAGUGUGCCUAGGGAUUUCAUCAGCCACAGGGAUUUGAAACCAAAAAACCCAAAACAAGAACUGCCCGCGGGUCUCAAAGAAGAACUAAUGCCAAAACAUAUUGCAUUCAUAAUGGAUGGCAACCGUCGAUGGGCUAAAGAAAGAGGCUGGUCUCCUAUGACCGGUCAUGGUGCUAUGAGAAAGACCUUGCAAUCUCUUCUCAUUCGUUGUAGCAAACUGAAUAUAAAAGCCGUAUCGGUUUAUGCAUUUUCUACUGAAAAUUGGAGGCGUCCAACUGAAGAAGUUGAUUUUUUAAUGAAGAUGUAUGAAGAUUUAUUGAGGAUAGACGCAGAGGUGCUCUUGAGUCUUGGCUGUCGAAUAAGUGUAAUGGGGGAAAAAACAAAGCUUCCAGACUCACUACAAAAGGCAUGUACCGAUAUAGAAGAGAAAUCAAGUCUCAAUUCAGGCACACAUGUCAAUUAUGCAAUCAACUAUAGCGGUAAACACGACAUAAUUCAAGCUUGCAAAAACAUUGCUGCCAAGGUGAAGGACGGCAUUCUUGUUCCGACCCAAAUCAGUGAAGAUUUAUUCAAACAUGAACUUGGUACAAAAAUGAUCGAGUUUCCUUACCCUGAUCUAGUUGUACGGACGAGUGGGGAAAUUAGGCUUAGUAAUUUUAUGUUAUGGCAAAUGGCAUAUAGUGAGCUCUAUUUCACGGCCAAAAUGUUUCCAGAUUUUGAAGAAGAUGAUCUUAUGAAGGCGCUUCUUGCAUUUCAAGAUAAAUGUGAAUGUAAUAUGUAAUUUGUCACAGAGAAGAGAAUAUGAGGCUGUUAGGCACCUAA